AUGAAACAACAGAUGCUGGUGAGGGAGGAGCCAGUAAACUGGGAGAAUUUCCGAACUUGCUUUUUAGAAAAAUAUUUCCCAGAUACUGUUAAGCAGGACAGGGAAGCAGAGUUCCUGGCUCUACAACAGGGAAACAUGUCGGUGCAAGAAUAUGUUAACAGAUUCGAGCAAUUGGCAAGGUAUUAUUCCCAGGCAAUUACUGAAGAGUGGAGAUACCUUAAAUCCGAGCGGGGGCUCAAACAUGAGUUAAAGAAGGUGGUCACGCCUCUGAGAGAAAUAAGGUUUCCAAUCUUGGUGGAACAAGCCAAGAGUGCAGAGUACCUAGAAAGAGGGCCGAACCCAGCAAGUCGACAUCAGAAGAAUAUCGUAGAGGCAAGACAAAUGAAGAAACCAUAUAGUCGACCCCAGACUUCUCAGGGCCCUACGUGUUACCAGUGUGGUGGGUCCCAUUUAAAGAGGAAUUGCCCUCAGAUAACCGGUGGGGUAGGAGGAUCAGGAGAUCGUCGCAAAUGCUUCAUAUGCGACAAGCCGGGUCACUUUGCCAAUAACUGCCCGGAGAAGAAGAGUAUCGGGGUGAAAAAGCCAACAACGUCCCCAGCUGAGAGAGCUAAAGCAGCAGGAAGGGUGUUCGCUAUGACCUCCACGGAGGCUACCCAGUCAGGUAACCUUAUUCUUGAGCCCUGUGUGUUAAUUGGCCAGUCAGUUUUGGUGUUGUUCGACUCUGGAGCAACACAUUCCUUCAUUUCUAAUGCUUGUGUGGGGAGACUGAAUUUGGAGAAACGUGAUUUGGGAUGUGAGUUGCUGGUGUCAACUCCUUCCUCAGGUCAGGUAGCAACCAGUUCAGUCUGCGUGGAGUGUGUGAUGGAAGUGGCAGGUCGCAGAUUCAAGGUGAACUUGGUGUGCUUGCCUCUGGAGGGACUGGACGUAAUAUUGGGAAUGGACUGGUUGUCCAAUAAUCACGUCAUAAUUGAUUGUGGACGACGCAGUUUGGUAUUCCCAAAGCAGGAAGGGUUAGAGUUGAUCUCAACUCAAGAAGCCGUGAGAGCGCUGCAAGAAGGGGCCACAUGUUUUAUGGUGAUGGCUAAACCAGAAAAGAAAAGCGCAUUGGAGAUGAUCCAGAAUAUUCCUAUUGUCAAUGAGUACGCAGAUGUAUUUCCGGAUGAAGUACCGGGACUGCCCCCAAGUCGAGACAUAGAUUUCUCUAUCGAUUUAGUUCCUGGUGCAGGUCCGGUAUCCAUGACGCCGGACAGAAUGGCACCUGCAGAAUUGACAAAACUCAAGAAGCAAAUAGAGGAUCUACUUGAGAAGAAAUUUAUUCGGCCCAGUGCGUCGCCGUGGGGAGCUCCGGUAUUACUAGUGAAGAAGAAAGAUGGGAGCUCAAGACUUUGCGUUGAUUACAGGCAGCUAAAUAAAUUAACAAUCAAGAAUAAGUAUCCGUUACCGAGGAUUGACGAUCUACUAGAUCAGUUGAAAGGGGCAGGAAUAUUCUCUAAGAUAGACCUGCGAUCUGGGUAUCAUCAGAUCUUGGUGAAGCCAGAGGAUGUACAAAAGACGGCUUUCAGGUCGAGGUAUGGCCACUACGAAUAUGUAGUGACGCCAUUCGGAGUAACGAAUGCACCAGCCAUAUUCAUGGAUUACAUGAAUAGAAUCUUUCGACCUUGGUUAGAUAAGUUUGUCGUCGUUUUCAUAGAUGACAUACUUAUUUACUUAAAGACUAGGGAAGAGCAUGUUGAUCAUUUGAGGGUAGUAUUGACGAUACUCAGGGAUCAUCAGUUGUAUGGGAAGUUGUCCAAGUGCGAGUUUUGGCUGGACGAGGUACAAUUCCUUGGGCAUGUCAUAUCAGCCAAAGGCAUUGUGGUGGAUCCGGCUAAGAUCGAGACGGUCCUUAAGUGGGAGAGGCCUAAGACGGUGACUGAGGUGAGGAGUUUCCUAGGCCUGGCAGGAUAUUACAGGAGGUUUGUGGAGGGGUUCUCAAAGAAAGUGAAUCUAUUGACACAGCUCACAAGAAAAGAUCAGCCCUUCUCUUGGACUGAAAAGUGUGAGGAGUGUUUUGAGAACAUGAAGAGGUGUCUGACUACCGCACCGGUGUUAGUGAUUCCUGAUCCGGAGAAAAUGUUUGAGGUGUAUUGUGAUGCGUCUUACCAGGGACUGGGGUGUGUGUUGAUGCAGGACAAGAGACCGGUCGCAUAUGCUUCUCGUUAG